AUGGUGGGGGUUCCGCACAGUACUGGAUGUGCACUAUGUCGGGAAAGACAUAUCAAAUGCGACGAAGCAGUCCCCGAAUGCACCCAAUGCCAGCGCUACGGCCGCACCUGUCCAGGGUACCGCCGAACCUUUCGCUUUCAAGACGAGGGUCCAAGUCUAAAACGCCGUCAUCGCUCCACCACCCGCGGGCGAGGCCGCGGGGCCUCGACGGGCCCCAGCACCCCCAGUACACCCGGCACGACCACGCCGCAUAUCGAGGCAUUCGGCCAGCCCGAGCCCGGCGGCGGUGCCGCAGCUGUUGUGCGUGCCAAUGCCAUCGCUCUAAUGCGCCAGCAUUCGUCAACGGUCACUCUGGACGAGAAUGUAUCGCCAUCGCUAGUGCGCAAGACCUUCCGGGCAGCGCAGCCGCAGUUAUUCCUCGAUUUUGUCAUCACGUCAUUUCCGACAUUAUACUGGCACAACCAGUUUCGCGCUGGUAGCGAGCCUGGCUUUGCGGAGUUUAUAGUGCUGAAUUUUGGCCGAGAUGCAUACCUGGAUACAGCUAUUUGCUGCUUGAGUUCGGUAUACUUGGCUCAUUUAACCCAGGAUCCGGCGUUACUACGCACGAGUCGGCGCAUGUAUGGUCUCUCGCUGAGCGAGGUGAUUCGUGCUCUAUCAAAGAAUGAUCAUGCCUUGUCGGAUAACAUGGUUUGCACAGCGAUGCUGCUGAGCGUGUACGAGAUGUAUGCCCGAACAAGUCCUGAUGCAUGGGCCGUGCAUUCCGACGGUGUCAGACGGCUCAUGGAAAGUCGCGGUCCGGCGCUUCAUGAAUCAGGCUUUGGGCGAUCAUGCUGGAUCGCGUUUCGGGGAUUUCAUAUUGCAACCGCUGUUUACCAAGGGAAGCCGUGCUUUCUGGACCAAGACGAAUGGCAGCGGUACACGAUGCGGAUUAUGACUGAAGAUGCUCUCAAGCCUGGAGAAUGGUCCGCGUACGCCUUUAUCUCGGACAAAGUCUUUAUGGAGAUUGCAAAGUGUCCCCGGUACAUCAGCGAGACCCGGGAAAUUCUGUCUGAUGAAGCCCCCGCAGAACGAGAGAUCGUCAAAGCUCUUCUGCAGCGCAUUCAAGAAACCACAAUCAAGCUGCACAAGCUCACCACGGAGCUGCGUUUCUCCAUCAGUGCACACGGCCAGCGUGAACAGGGCAUUGUCUCUUGCCUCGAUACAUUUGUCGGUCCCGUUCCUGAGAACUUCCCUGAGACGGCCCCAUCGCUCCUCCUCCAGGGCGCGGAGCAUAUUCUUGGAACACUCUGCCAAUUACGCGAGCGUCUUGAAGACAGGCUUUGCUGUCGUGUGAUUGAAGAACUCUCGCCCGAGUCUGUGGCGGAGACACCGCCCAGCGAGGGUAGCGCAGCUUCUCAAUCCCCCACACAGAUGCUUAUCCAGCCCAAGACUUUCACCUUGCCGUUUCGCAUCCACUCGGAGCUUGGACGUGGUCCGUCUCAGACGUCUGAUCGGAAUGAUCCGCAUGCGGUGAUUUGGUUGGACCGUGUUGCUUCGUCGAUGGGCAUGCUGGGUACGAGGAUCAUCGAUGAGACCCCGGAUGUUGGCUAUGUUGGGGAAGAGACCUCACCUGGAGCAUCCACUCUCAGUUGA